AACAAACCCCGCCCUGCGCGUCCGAACUGCGCGAGCGCUGCGCAGAUUGGAUGCGCGCGCAGCCCGCCAACUCGGCGCGAACCGUCCUCUGACGUCAGACUUGGGCGGCAGCGGAGUGCUGCUGGAACCGGAAGUAGAUAUAUUUCACCGUCGAGGAAGAAAGAAGAACCACAACAACAAUGGCGGCGAGCAGUGACACGAGCCGCUAGAGGAAAGUCAGUAGAAAGAAACACCUGACGACAAACAGGGCCAUAAAAACCACGUUGACACACCGGAUUGAACUGCUGCUUUGCUUUGUGUGUUAAUGCCGCAUCCAGUCCCGGUCUGCUGGUCUGGUUAAGGUAUUGGAUGCAGGGCGGCAGGCCGGUGGUGGAUGUGGUGCGUCUGGGCCUGGUCUCCUACCAGGAGGCUCUGCGGCUGCAGCAGUUCUACGUGAACCAGCAUCGGUCUGGUCCGGCUCACACUCUCCUGCUGUGUCAGCACCCUCCGGUCUACACCACCGGGAUCCGCCACAAACCAUACCCGGCCCCCCUGCUGGACCGCCUCCGCCUGCUGGGGGCCGACGUGCACCACACCAACCGAGGAGGACUCAUCACCUUCCAUGGGCCGGGACAGCUGGUCUGCUACCCGGUCCUCCACCUGGGCAGCUUCAAGAAGAGCGUCCGCUGGUACGUCUCUGAGCUGGAGAAAACCAUAAUCUCCAUCUGCACCAGGUUUGGUCUUGAAGCGUCCACGUCUCCUCACACCGGCGUCUGGGUCGGAGACAACAAGAUCUGUGCCAUCGGAAUCCACUGCGGCCACUUCGUCACGUCUCACGGCUUGGCUCUGAACUGCAACACCGACAUGUCGUGGUUCAGCCACGUCGUGCCAUGCGGCAUUGUGGGUAAAGGGGUGACGUCACUGAGUGCCGAGCUGCAGAGGGACGUCGGUGUGGAGGAGGCCAUCCCUCACCUGCUGGACGCCUUCAGGGAUCAGUUCAAAUGCCGGCUGAUGGACGGACAAACGGCUGAAGCUGAGCCUGACGGCGGUGGAUCGUCAGCGUAGAAACCGACUCAGAGAUUAGAUGUUCUUAAAUGUUAUGCUUUGUACGUCCAGUCAGCUUCUUCCCUCUGUGGCUCAGUUAGUUCAGAACUGUUUCAAACGGUUUCUUUUGCAUUGUGUGGUUUGUGAUGGCACAACCUACAUAGUUUAUGGCUCUUGUACUGCAAUUCAUACCAAGUCAUAACUUUGUCACUGGCGUCAAUUUUGUUUUCUGUCAAUUCAGUGAAUCUGGCGUAUAUAAAGUAUUGAGUGUUAAAUA